GUUUCUUCGCCCAACAGAUAUUUUCCAGUGCCGCUCUGAACAGUGUGAUGUGGCCGCGCGAGCCGCGAGGAGCCAGCUAGCCAUGGUCGUCCCAGUCCCGCCGCCGCCUCUCCUCGCUUCCCACGUGGCCGUCCGGGCCGCGGCCUCCGCCAUAUCCCACGGCCGCCGGGUCCUCCUUAACGGCGACCACCCGCCGCAGGUCGCGGCCCUCGGGCGCGGCGACUGGGUCAAGCUCAUCUGCGGCGCCAGCUUUGAGGAUGCAGCUGAUGUCAGGAAUCUCUCCCUUGUCUACACUCUUGCUGGAGUGGAUUGCAUUGAUUGUGCAGCAGAUGCAUCUGUGGUGGGAGCAGUGAAUGAAGGUAUUGAAGUAGCAGCAUCAAUUGUACCAACAGUUCAAAGGCCUUGGCUGAUGAUUAGUGUUAAUGAUGAUUGCAGAGAUCUUCAUUUCCGUAAAGCUGAGUUUGAUCCUGAUGAUUGCCCACUGGAUUGCUCAAAGCCAUGUGAGAAAGUUUGCCCAGCUGAUGCAAUAUCACUAAAGCAUUCCAUGGUUGAUGGAGAGCGCACACUAUCUGAUCCCUUACGUGGUAAAUAUGAGGGUGGUGUAAUUACUGAGCGGUGCUAUGGAUGUGGUCGGUGCUUGCCAGUUUGCCCGUAUGACAGAAUAAGAGCUGUGUCCUAUGUUCGAGACCCUACUAUGACUGCUGAAUUAUUGAAAAGAGAUGAUGUUGAUGCAAUAGAGAUACAUACCACUGGAAAAGGAACUGAUAUGUUCAAUACCCUCUGGGACAACUUGAGUGGGUCCAUCAAUAAUGUGAAGCUGGUUGCAGUUAGUCUUCCUGAUAUAGGUGAAUCAACUGUUGACCUCAUGAACACAAUAUACACAAUAAUGGAGCCCCAUUUUAAAGGGUAUAAUCUUUGGCAGUUAGAUGGCCGACCUAUGAGUGGUGACAUUGGCCGAGGUGCAACAAGGGAGACAGUUUCUUUUGCCGCUCAUGUGGCUUCAAUGUCAGAAAGACCUCCUGGGUUCUAUCAGUUGGCUGGUGGCACCAACUCAUACACUGUUGAUUACUUAAAGAAAGCUGGUCUUUUCCAAUCAUCAAAUUGGAAUUCAGGGACCGCAACCUCUGAAAUGGCCAGUUCUCACCAAGCUUUAAUAGGAGGGAUUGCUUAUGGUGGCUAUGCUCGCAAGAUCGUUGGACGGGUUUUGCGCAAAAUACCAGAACAGUUUGGCCGUGUGCACAUCGAGGAUCAUCCUGAUCAUCUACUGGAGGCUCUACAAGAAGCCAUGUCAUUAGUAGGACCUGUGAAGGGUUAUAUACCCAGUCAUUCCAAGCCUUUCAUGAAACAAGUAGAUAGACAAUAGGAAGUAGGAAAAGCGCAGGAUAUACCCUUCAACCCAGUUUUGGGCGAAGAUAAGGCGCAUCGUACUUUAGCUGUGACAGUGAGGAGUUCAAUGUGGUCAUUGGGCCAGGAAUCUAGUGGUUGCUGUCGGUCGCUCGUUCUAGAUGGAUUAUGGGCUAUGGAACCUGGAGUGCCGUGGUGCUGCAAACAUCUCAUGUUUCAUUCUGAAAUCUUUUUAGAUGUAUAAUACGUAGUAGUUGAAUUUUCUGU